AUGGCUGAACUAACUCAGUGCCUCAAGCCUGGCUUCUGGGCUGUCUUCAUAGGACUGGCUGAGCAGGCUGUCUGGUAUGUUUUCAUUGCUCUCAGAAUAGAAUUAACCAUGACCAAGACAUUCAUUAUGCUAACCAUUCAUCAAAGUGACCCCUCAGAAUUCAGCAAUAAAGAAAUUGCGGAAACGGUUGCCUCACUCAGCAUCGAGAGUACAAUGUCCCCACUUCCAUUUGAGAUUUCGCAAAUUCUCACGAUGGUACUCGAUUUCAUGGUAUUAAUGCAAUCAUCUCUCCUCACGAGUCCAUCGAAUCUUUUGUGGUUGAUGAAAUCCGUCUUUUCGAUUUUAUACGAGUACAUCUUGAAACCUUACAUUACGUUCUAUAAACUCGUCGGUCCUGGUAAACUUUUUUAUCUUGCCGUCGAAACAUCGUCAAUUUUCCUUCUCAUCGCUUUCUAUUAUCUAUACCGUGGUUCUAUUGCAGGCUUGGGAUACGGAGUCAAAUUUCACAAACCCAGAGAGGCCCAAAGUAUCACUGAUAUCUCGAACAUUGCUCCAAAUUGUCAACUCAGAGAAUGCACCAUCUAUCUCUCGGCAUGGUGUAACAUGCCUUUCAACUUGAGAGCUAUGAAGGCCAACAUGGUAAAAAAGUCCGACGAUAAAAUAGAGGUUUAUAAAGGAGAUGAAAAAUUCUUUUUGGGAUGGAAAAGGAGAAUCAGGUUUACUUCUACGGAAUACAUUCCCAUAUUCAAAGAGAUGGUAGGAGGUCUAUAUGCCCGUCUCAGAUGGACUCACGCAGCUCUUUUAUUGCUGCUUGUGUUGAUCAUACAGAUACCAGCUGUGUCAACGAAUGCUCAGUUAAUACCAGGCAUUGUUCUUCAGUGCCCUGGUUUGGCUGCAGGAGUGUUUUCCACCUGCUAUCGGUAUAUGGAAGCAGCUGUGAUAAAGAAGGCUCAAUUAGUACCAGGAAUUUACAAUCAAUGCCUUGUUGCGGCAAAAGAAGUACUCCUCCUCGGCUAUCAGUCUCUGAGAGAAUCCUUUUGA